AUGUCUAGACGAACGAGAAACAUACCACACAUUGUGGAGCCUUGGGCUAGUGACGAGGAGAACGAGAAGACAGUUAAAGGUCGUCGCAUAGAAGCAUCCUUUGAAGUGGAGAUCAACAUGCUCUGGGUCUAUGCCGCCAUCUUCAUAGCGGCGAGGGUACCAACCAUGGCCGUCUGGAGCUCACCACGACAGCCACCUCAAAAGUCUCCAUGCAUCGGAGAAAUCACCAAAGUCAACGAGACGCCCGUCGGGCUACACUUGUUGUCCAUACAAGACCCUCGAGCUGUGGCAAUGGCAUCUAGCGGUUCAUGA